UAUUAUCCUAGAUUAUAUAAAAUCUAUCAGCAGGCAAUUGAAGAAUUUAACCCUGGACUGAUUCUUUGUGAUGGAACUUUUAAUUUUGCAUGUUUUGAUGCUGCUUAUAAGUCAAAUAUACCAACGGUUUCAAUUGCUAGCAGUUUUCUGGGAAUUGUUACUUCACCAUAUAUUUCUGAUCCAAUGAUUGAAUGUAAAACUUAUAUGGAAAAUGAAUCAUUUUGGAAUAGAUUUAAGUGUGAAAUACUUAAACCAUUGAGUUUAUUUUAUACAUUUAAUUCAUAUUCAAAUGAAUUAAACCAAUAUAGAGCACAAGUGGGUGUUGAACCAACAUUUAACCCAAUGGAAAGAAAUAAAAAAUCUCUAUUUUUGGUUGAUACUUUUUAUGGAUUCGAGGUACCACAAUCUUCAUCUCCACUUUAUUUGGAUGUUG